GGACACCCUGGACUCUGCGUGCACCCGCAGCAAACACAGAAACGACCAGAGGGCAGAAAGCGCAGGCGGGCCUCCCCGCGCCGGCACGGAAAGCCGGCAGGUGCGACGCGGGGACACACACGCGGGCUGGCACUGGCGACUAGGGAUGUUGAGCUGGACGAGGUGGCAUGGACCCGCCAUGGCGCGGCUUUGGGGCUUCUGCUGGCUGGCUGUGGGCUUCUGGAGGUCGGCUUUCGCCUGUCCCCAGUCCUGCAAAUGCAGUGCUUCUCGGAUUUGGUGCAGCGACCCUUCUCCUGGCAUCGUGGCAUUCCCGAGGUUGGAACCUAACAGUGCAGACCCCGAGAACAUCACGGAAAUUUUCAUUGCAAAUCAGAAAAGGCUAGAAAUCAUCAACGAAGAUGAUGUGGAAGCCUACGUGGGACUGAGAAACCUGACCAUUGUGGAUUCUGGAUUAAAAUUUGUGGCAUAUAAAGCAUUUCUGAAAAACAGCAACCUGCAACACAUCAAUCUCACCCGAAAUAAACUGACAAGUUUGUCUAGGAAACACUUCCAUCACCUUGACUUGUCUGAGCUGAUCCUGGUGGGGAAUCCAUUCACAUGCUCCUGUGACAUUAUGUGGAUCAAGACUCUCCAAGAGACUAAAUCCAGUGCAGAAACUCAGGACUUGUACUGCCUAAACGAAAGCAGCAAGAAUAUUCCCCUGGCAAACCUGCAGAUACCCAAUUGUGGGUUGCCAUCUGCAAAUCUGGCUGCACCUAAUCUCACUGUGGAGGAAGGAAAGUCCAUCACAUUGUCCUGCAGUGUGGCAGGCGAUCCACUUCCUAAUAUGUACUGGGAUGUCGGGAAUCUGGUUUCCAAGCAUAUGAACGAAACAAGCCAGACGCAGGGCUCCUUGAAGAUAACUAACAUUUCGGCCGAUGACAGUGGAAAGCAAAUCUCUUGUGUGGCAGAAAACCUUGUAGGAGAAGAUCAGGAUUCUGUCAACCUCACUGUGCACUUUGCACCAACUAUCACAUUUCUCGAAUCUCCAACCUCAGACCACCACUGGUGCAUCCCAUUCACUGUGAAAGGCAACCCCAAGCCAGCGCUUCAGUGGUUCUAUAAUGGGGCAAUACUGAAUGAGUCCAAAUACAUCUGUACUAAAAUUCACGUUACUAAUCACACGGAGUACCACGGCUGCCUCCAGCUGGAUAAUCCCACCCACAUGAACAAUGGGGACUACACGCUCAUCGCCCAGAAUGAGUAUGGGAAAGACGAGAGACAGAUCUCUGCUCACUUCAUGGGCUGGCCUGGGGACAUCGAUGGUGGCAACCCAGAUUACCUAGGUGAACUUUAUGAAGACUGGACUGCAACGAGUGAUACCGCAAACAGAAGCAGUGAAACCCCACCCACGGCUGACGAUACUGGCCGGGAGCAUCUCUCGGUCUACGCUGUGGUGGUGAUCGCCUCUGUGGUGGGAUUUUGUCUGCUGGUGAUGCUGUUUCUGCUUAAAUUGGCAAGACACUCCAAGUUUGGCAUGAAAGAUUUCUCAUGGUUUGGAUUUGGGAAAGUAAAAUCAAGACAAGGUGUUGGCCCAGCUUCAGUUAUCAGCAAUGAUGACGACUCUGCCAGCCCACUGCACCACAUCUCCAAUGGGAGCAACACUCCAUCUUCCUCCGAGGGCGGCCCAGAUGCUGUCAUCAUUGGAAUGACCAAGAUCCCUGUCAUUGAAAAUCCUCAGUACUUUGGCAUUACCAACAGUCAGCUCAAGCCAGACACAUUUGUUCAGCACAUCAAGCGACAUAACAUUGUUCUGAAAAGGGAGCUAGGCGAAGGAGCCUUUGGAAAAGUUUUCCUAGCUGAAUGCUAUAACCUCUGUCCUGAGCAGGAUAAGAUCUUGGUGGCAGUGAAGACACUGAAGGAUGCCAGCGACAAUGCACGCAAGGACUUCCACCGCGAGGCUGAGCUGCUGACCAACCUCCAGCAUGAGCACAUUGUGAAGUUCUACGGUGUCUGCGUGGAGGGUGACCCACUCAUCAUGGUCUUUGAGUACAUGAAGCACGGGGACCUGAACAAGUUCCUUAGGGCGCAUGGACCUGAUGCAGUGCUGAUGGCCGAGGGCAAUCCACCCACGGAGCUGACCCAGUCACAGAUGCUACACAUCGCGCAGCAGAUCGCCGCAGGCAUGGUUUACCUGGCAUCCCAGCACUUCGUGCACCGCGACCUGGCCACCCGUAACUGCCUGGUGGGGGAGAACCUACUGGUGAAGAUCGGGGACUUUGGGAUGUCCCGGGAUGUGUACAGCACUGACUACUACAGGGUUGGUGGCCACACAAUGCUGCCCAUUCGCUGGAUGCCUCCAGAGAGCAUCAUGUAUAGGAAAUUCACCACAGAGAGUGACGUCUGGAGUCUGGGCGUUGUGUUGUGGGAGAUCUUCACCUACGGCAAGCAGCCUUGGUACCAACUAUCGAACAAUGAGGUGAUCGAGUGCAUCACGCAGGGCCGAGUCCUUCAGCGACCCCGCACGUGCCCUCAGGAGGUGUAUGAGCUGAUGCUGGGGUGCUGGCAGCGGGAACCCCACAUGAGAAAGAACAUCAAGGGCAUCCACACCCUCCUUCAAAACUUGGCCAAGGCGUCUCCGGUCUAUCUGGACAUUCUCGGCUAGGACCCUCUCCCCAGACCUACCCUUCCCAACACACUCCUCAGACGGACGAGAGGAUGAACAUCUUUUCCUGCCGCUGGAUGCCACGAGGCUGCCGCGUUGACAGGCAGCUCCGGCGGUAUUAAGAAGCCCCGGUGACGCUCUCAGACUGAAGCAGUGUGGACUUCUCCACCCACAGAUGCAGUACUGACUUCUUUCUGGCAUCGUCUCUUUCUCUCUUCCCAUCUUCCUUGGUUUGUUUCUUUCUUUUUCUUUUCUAGUUUUCAUUUUUUGUUUGUUUGGUUUUGGUUCUCUGCUUCACAGCCCUUCCUUCUCUUUUUAAUCAAUCUGGCUUCUGCAUUACUAUUAACUCUGCAUAGACAAAGGCCUUAAAAAACCUAAUUUGUUAUAUCAGCAGACGCUCCAGUUUGCCCACCAUAACUAACAAUGCCUUGUUGUAUUCCUGCCUUUGACGUGGAUGAAAAAAGGGAAACAAAUAUUUGACUUAAACUUUGUCACUUCUGCUGUACAGACAUCGAGAGUUUGUAUGGAUUCACUUCUAUUUAUUUAUUAAUUAUUAUUAUUAUUACUCUUCAUAUUGUUUUUGGAUGGUUUAAGCCUGUGUGGCUUAAGGAAGACUUGUGUUCAAUCUGGGAAAACUUUAUCUGUGGGAGAUUAAACCAGAGAGAGAGAAGAUUUAUUAUAAACUUCAGGAGAAAUGGGAGAAACAAAGGCAACCACUGGGAUCCGCCGGUGUCAGCUGAUACUUAGAACAAACCCGGCAACUGUCAGCUGGAGGAAUGCAACUGGCACCUUCCCCCAAGGACCUUCUGAGGCGUACACAGACUGGCAGACUCUGUGCAGUGGAUUUUUCUUCUCCCAUCUCCAGACACACUAGCGUGCAGCAGAGAUAAAAUGUGACUUCUAGGGGCACAGGACAGUGUGUCAUGUGCUCAGAUGCAGUCUUGUCUUGGUUGUCAUGGUGACAGUGCUGGGGUCUUUUUCAAGUAUUUUGGACCAAGCCUUUGUCAAGUCCAGUUGAAAAGAGGCAGAUUCUGGUCCAGAGAUCAUUUCAGGGUCAGGUUGGAAAUCAAGGACUUGGAAAAAUAAGACAAGCUCUCAAUUUGGAGCCAAGUUUCUCUUAUAUUGAACUUUUCAGACAGCAAGCACCUCCUCUGACCCCUACCCUCCACUCCCACCUGUCCUUUUAACUGUGCAAGCAAAAUUGUGCAUGGUCUUCAUCGAUUAAUAUCCUAUGUGCAGAAACUAACACUCCAGACGUCGUGACCCUGAUAGGUAGAGCAGAUCCAUAAAAGGUAUAAUUUAUAUGAUUAAGCAGUGCUAAUGGCAUUCAUUAGCUGAGAAUAAAAGUCUGGGCGUGGUACAGUUGGUGGCGAUGGGUUUUACCGAAUAUGGCCCUGAACCCUGGAUAUCUUCAUUCACAUGGAGCCCCCAGGACUCUGGGACAGGCAGGAUCAAUUUGUAAGGGAAGAGAAACCUCACUGGGCACAUCACAUGCAUUCAUGUUCAGUGUACACAGGCCAAGUCUCUUGCUCUAGGCCCUGGUUGGGAGAGCGGUUUCAUUCCAAGUAUAUUCCACUGUCAGUAUGCUGUUUUGUUUUGUUUUGUUCUUUUUACAUCAUUAAACAAGAGAAAAAAGAAAACUUAAAAGUUGGCACAAGAUGCCAUGGGAGGCUGUGUCCAGACUGAGAUUAGAGGUGUGCUGUUGGGCAUGGUUCUUAGUCUUGAGGAAAGAGAGACUAGGAAUUUACAGUUAGAGAGUCAGUCAUGCCAAGGAGAAAAGUAUUUCUAUUCCUAAAGAGAAUGCGCUACCCUCCGUGAGGGAAACUUUGCUGGCCCUGACAUCUUUAUAGUGUUAGCCAGAUUGGAAGGGAGUGAUCUUAAUCCAUCUUAGGUUAUUUCAUUUGCUAUUUGUUUCUGAAGGUGCAGGAGCACCACUUAGGUUUUGCUUAUUCCCAUUAAAUACUGGAGCACUUUGUUUUUCUUUAUAGGCUAUGAAAACCAGUACUGAAAACUCAAAAGUAUAAAUUAGCAAGAACAAAAUGAAAUCCAGUAGCAUCUGUGGCCAAGUGAAGGGGUUGCAUAAGACGAACCAUACAGUCCCUUCAGACUCUGCACUGGCCCAGUAGAGAUGGGAGCUGAGGUAUUUUUUCUCUUUGCCAGUGAAAACAAACCCCUCCAGAACACACAUAAUAAUAUAAUGAAAGCCAUAUCUCCAUGAUAUAUGCAUGCACGUGUAUAUCAUAUUAAGGACCCACGGUACUGUUACAACACUGUGGAGCUCUAUGAAACAGUAAGAAUAGGCAGAUUUGUACAGACUCUUCUAGGUUUCAUCACAGACAACCUGAAAAUAUACACAGGUUUGUGUGUUUGGCCAGCUUCUCUGGGAGAAAAAGUUGCCAGUUAUUUCUUAUUUUAACUGAGAACAAAGGAGAUAAUACUUAAAGGGAUCUUCUAGUUCAAGGAGGGUGGUGCAGUUUCAGGGCAAACAUUUGUUGAAAGCAGAUCAGAAGAUAGGAGUGUUCUGUUCCAGUUGUGUUUUCCUCAGAAGGAAAAUAGCAAAAAAUGAAAAUAAAAAAUUUUCCUUAUACCUUCUGACAAGUCCCUCAAGGUCUUGAAAUGAAAGGUACUAUGCAAGUGCAAAGUUUUAUAGCUAUUUAUAUUGAUUGUUACUACUACCUUCAUUAGUCCCUAUGUCGUCUCAAGAGUAUGUGCUGACUUUAGAGAUGUCUUGCUCUGAACGAACAUUGGCUUGCUUUUAAGAGUUGAAUGAGCCACAGAAUAUCUUGAAACACUUGUUGCCGUUCUUCUACCACCUCUUUUUCUAUGGUUUUAUAAAUUUUAGCCAAGCAGCGUCUUCAUUCUAUAUGUAACAAUCACCAAGGAUGGCCUGUCAUCAAACACCUUAACAGCUCCAAUAAUAGCAGUGACAAAGCUGAUCCGUCAAGCCCAGUCUGGCAGCCACGUCCACUCAUAAGUUGUUCUAACUGCUUUUGAAGUGCUUUCCCCAUGUGUUCACAAAUUAUCUCUAUGCUUCCUAGGUGAGGAAAUUGAGACUCAGAGACUCAGAGGCAGGCCAGAAAUCUCCAACCUGACAUCUGGCACCAGUAGGGCUUCAUCCACAUACUCCAAUUAUAUAAGUCUAUGAUUCUGUCCACUCAAGACACUUAUAUACAAACGAGCAGUUCAGAAAAUAAAGUACAGUAACUAAUUCAUGAACAGGGUAGGAAGGUAGAAGAAUGAAAGGCAAUACAUAAGAUGGCAAGCGGCUGAGAUAUUGUGAUAUAUAAUCGUGCUCUUAGCUUCAGCUACAUCCUUGUACACUGAACUGGUGUCAUAAUCGGGCUUACUUACAAAACACUUUGAACUAUGCUAUCAAGGGUUAUUUCAGGAUUCAUAUUAUACAUGUGUUCACAUCAGUGUUAUCUGUGGUAUUUUCAUGUAUUUUAUAUAUGUGUUAUAUACUUUAUUUAUACAUAUACAAAUGCACAUACAUACAUAAUGUGUGUGUUUAUGUAUAAAUAUAUAGGCACACAGUAAUAGAGAUAAUUAUAAGUAGGGUGCAGCAUUAAUAAUUUGCUUAAAACUGCUAAAUAACCAAAACCCAUCAAUGUCCCAUUGCAGUUAGAGCUUCCAUUCUCCAUGUGGGUAAGACAUCGCACUCUUCAACUCUGUGCAGUACUGCAAGGAUGGAAACAGAUGUAAGAUAAUGUGCUUCCCCAAACAUCAGAAAAAAAGUCAUCCCCCUGGGCAUCCAUUCUUUGGCUCCUUGAAAGGAGAAUGCAGACUGAAAUAGAGAUCAUUAUGUAAAGGUCUAGGAAGGGAAAAUUAAUUUUUUUGGUCCUUUUACACAUUUAUGUUAAGUUCGCCUUGUCCCACUGUGACCAUUUACACUUAUGUCCAGAGUCAAAUCUUGUAUCACAGAUAAACUGGAAUGUUGGAGGCAAGUAAGGAGAAAUCCAAGUGAUAAGUGAGAUAAGCAAGUAUUGAGAAUGUCCUCAUCCAUGUUCAAAUAUACUAAGCAAUGGUAUAAAGUACUGUAUUUUGCAAAGCCUCAGACAAGAGGAUUCCUUGGUCAAUAAUGGACAUUUUUUAACCUUUCGUUUUGCAAAUUGGGCAGCCUAUAAUAUCAACAAUAUUAAAUUGUGUCUAAUUUUUAAAAGUACAGCAUAUACACAUAGUCCCUUGAUUCUCUUGACCCCCCAUCACUUUUUCUCACUUGCUUGAGGACUUUAUUUCUAGUAUUGGCCUUUGGUUUGGCCCUAUAACACUUUGAAAUCUCAUGAGAGGAAUGGCUGGCAACCCAGCUUCCUGAAUAUCUAAAUUCACAGCAAUAGGAUUCUUCACAAUGUGUAACUGGGUUACAGAGACUCAGGUUGUGAAAGCUUGUAAAUGAAUUUCAAAUGUUAUUCUAAAGAACUGGAGGUGGGAGGAUUAUAGUUAAAAAUGACAGUGCAGGAAAGGGUAUUUUCUUGUUGUCAGGACUGGAAUGAAUCACUGCUGCUCAAGUCAAAGGUUCUUAAACAUACUUAGUUUUUCCAUUCCUCCCUCUUUCUUUUCCUUUGACGUCUAUUUAUUUAUUUAACUAUUUACUUAUUUAUUUAUUUAUUCACACACU